AUGUCUACCAUUCUGAUAAGGAUAACGCUUGCUCUGCUCCUUCUCUCACUAGUUUCACUCAAAUCAGUGGAUGCGGAUUAUGAGCAAUGGUGUAUUGCUGAUGAACAAACCCCGGACGGUGAGCUGCAGGCAGCAAUAGAUUGGGCUUGUGGUGCAGGAGGUGCAGAUUGUAGCAAGAUCCAGAUGAACCAACCUUGCUUUUCCCCAAACACUCUGAAAGACCAUGCUUCCUAUGCCUUCAACAACUACUACCAGAAGUUCAAACAUAAAGGUGCAUCUUGCUACUUCAAGGGAGCUGCCAUGAUUACAGAACUUGAUCCCAGUCAUGGCCCUUGCAAGUAUGAAUAUUUUCCUUGAUGUAAAGGGAAUGGAAGAGGUGCCAUGAUCAAACUUUUGAAAUAGAGAAUGCUGUGAUGUAAGGAUCAAAUCCUAAUAAAGUUUGUUCUAACUAGUUGGCUGUUGCAGCAG